CACUCCUUCAACGGUGGGAAUUGAUGUUCUGCGGAAGAUUCUCGACAACUCAAAAUAAAAAAUACAAAAUACCUCCUCCCGCGAGUCCUUUCGAUCAUAGCACCCCGUGUAGUAGAAGAUUMUUGAAAGCCCAAAACGAUCAUCACGAUGAACACCUCUGCAACACCAGAAUGGCUUGAAGACAAUGGCGAGAGCUCUGGAACAGCGGGCACCGGGGUCGAUCCCUUUCAAGGGGUGUCGCUCGAGGACAAGAACGACGAUGCCGUGGAGAAGGAGUCCUCUUCACGCUCCCGCGUUGCUUGUUCGGGCUCGACCAUCGCCCUUUGGGUGYUUAGCCUUGGUUUUAUCGGCCUCUUUGCAURSGGCGCAGCCGCUAAUGCGAACGACCCCGAUGCUCUGCAGUGGAUUAUCUUUUACGCCCUGAAUGCCGUUGUCCCGGCCAUGUUUUUGCUCUACUCCGUGUGCUGCUUCCCCAUCGUGGUCAUUUAUUUCUUUUCGGCGGUGACUGCCAUUUGGUCGAUUGUAUACAUUGUCAUUGCGUCCCUCAAUCUGAAAAACGCGCCACCGGAAGAUGACACGGUUGACAAUGGCRUCUUUUCAGAGAGGUCGGAAUACAUCUUCGAACUCGCGGGGGCUUCCCUUGCCUUGUUUUCUUCUCUGUACCAUGUUUGCACCGCAAAGUUUUGCGUCACCAAGRAAAGCGUCAAGGAGGAAGACGACGCCAAAGAAGCCGAAUGAGUGCAACUAGAUGUAUCUUUCGGUCGGCGUGAUGAAAAGGCAGAGCUGUAAUCAUUAGGCAAAACUAAGCUGCAUUUAAGUAGUACGAUAUAGCUCAGCAACAAAAGAAAAAUUUAGGUAACUU